GCAAGGCCAGGCUUGCUGUACAGUCCUGCUCCGGAGUUCCGGUGCCCACCGGCCCGCGGCGGGUCAGACUGGCGGAGGAUGGCUCAGGAGGAGGGCGGGAGCCUGUCCGAGAUGCGGGCGCGGGUAGGGGCCUCGCACCGCAUCACCGACCUAGUCCAGAAGCUGCACUUCUAUGACCACUGGGCUCCAGACUAUGACCAGGAUGUGGCCGCCCUACAGUACCGUGCCCCACACCUUGCAGUGGACUGCCUCACCCAAGCCCUUCCAGGCCCACCACAAGCUGUCCUGAUCCUGGACGUGGCCUGUGGCACUGGCCUGGUGGCUGCCGAGCUGCAGGCUCGAGGCUUCCUCCAGCUGCAUGGAGUGGAUGGCAGCCCAGGGAUGCUGGAACAGGCCCGGGCCCGGGGCCUCUACCAGCGCCUCAGCCUCUGCACCCUGGGCCAGGAACCUCUACCCAGCCCCGAAGGAACCUAUGAUGCCGUGCUGAUGGUGGGUGCCCUCAGUGAUGGCCAGGUGCCCUGUAGUGCAAUACCUGAGCUCCUGCGAGUUACCAAGCCAGGUGGGCUGGUGUGUCUCACCACCAGGACCAACCCCUCCAACCUUCGAUACAAGGAGGCACUGGAGGCCACCCUGGACAAGCUGGAGGAGGCCAGGGAGUGGGAACGCCUGGUGGCCUGGCCGUGGACCGGUGGGAACUGGCUACCACCAAGCUUGAGGUGGUGCCUGGCACUUCUGACGGUGAUGGCUUCAUCUCGGGCAUUGUCUACUUAUACCGAAAACGGGAGGUGGCCCAGGCUGAGGGAGUGAGGCCCAGUGCUCAGCCCCUAAUUGGCCUCUGACCCUCCAGGUGACCUCAGUCAGGCCUGUCCUCAGGCCUUCUGUAAUUCAUCUGUAAAA